UUGCAAGGUUGGGGCUUUUAGUGUUCCCUGAGCAGCAGUCGUGUGUUUUCUCAGUUUACCAAAAUAAAACCCGGAAAGUCGCCGUUAGGAGUGUCGUGACGUUAUGAUCUAGCGUGCUUCCCGACCCAUGGAUUAUUAACUUGGAUCUGACAUAUAGCCUGGCAACCCAGCAACAGAAUGCAGCUGUGGCAAGCUGUCUUCCUAGUCACGUGUAGCGCCUGUCUUGUUCAAUCUAAGCGAUCAAGGCACCACCGAGAGAGCACACCCGCGGGCGAUGAUGAUGGGGUUGGCGACACUGACUCCAUCAGGACCACCUCGGUCCCCCCGGGUACCCCUUCGACCCCCCAACCACCGCCACUGGCCCCCCAGCUAGACAGCGAUUAUCCAGAGGACUUGUCGGCGCUCACAGAACAAAAUCCAUGCCUAGUGCACUACUGCGGCAAGGGUCGCGAGUGCCGCGUGGUCGAGGGUGCGGCACAGUGCGUGUGCCAGCGACGAUGUCGCAAGCACCAGAAGGUCGUGUGCGGCUCCGACGGGCGCCUCUACGACAACCACUGCGAACUGCAUCGCACCGCCUGCCUCGCCAACAAACUCAUACUUGUCGACCACACAUUCGCCUGUCUGUCUAAAGAUGGAAAAGAAAUUGUGGCCAAGCAGAAUAAUUCAAGCGACGAUUCACCUUCAACAAUGUCGCCUCGCCUCUCCCAGUCGGAACAAGUAGAUAGCAACUACAGCACGGAUCAGACGCCCUAUGAGAAUCCGGAGGAGAAUGAAGCCGACUCAGACUUAUAUUAUGACAGAGAGGAUUGCACUCUACAGGAGUAUGAGAUAAUGAAGGUUUGUAACUUGAACAAUAGUAUUGGUUACGAUUUCAUUGGAAAGACAAACCUUCUGCUUUUACAUCAUGCCAAACUCAUGGAGGAGAGUAAAAAGAGCCCCGGGAAAACAUUCCUGGUUGGAAACAUUUUCCGGUAUUAUGACAUCAACAAAGACGGUUUCCUCGAGAGAGAAGAACUUGACAAGAAAUCACAGCAAGAAAAGUCCGAGCCAUUAUCGAAAGGUUGCCUCCUACAGGACAUGGUCAGCUUUGAGGACGCUGAUAAGGAUGGCCGGCUUGUUAUCAAUGAGUUCUACACUGCCUUCAGUAAACUUUACAGCUUGUCUGUAGUGUCGCUGGACAAAGCGCUCGAAGUGAACCAUCUGUCGGCGCGCGUCGGCGACAACGUCGAGAUCAAGUGCGACGUGAGCGGCACGCCGCCGCCGCCGAUCGUGUGGCGUCGAAACGCUGCCGAUCUGUCGGCGAUCGGCGAGGAUGACGUCAGAGUGUUCAGCGACGGAUCGCUCUAUCUGACACGCAUCCAGCUAGUGCACGCCGGCAACUACACUUGCCAUGCGCAGAGGAACCGCGAUAUCACGCAGACGCAUGUGCUCACUGUUCAUACAAUACCUGAGGUAAAAGUAACUCCAAGGAUACAGUCUCGCAGACCAGGAGAGGAAGCUGCCAUGUUCUGCCAUGUUGUUGGAGAGCCUUUUCCCAGGGUUGAAUGGUUGAAAAAUGACGAACCGCUGAAAUUAGACUCACCUCAGAAAUAUGACAUAAUUGGGAAUGGCACUGAGCUUCGAAUACACAGCAUCGACUAUGCUGACACUGGAGCCUACAUGUGUCAGGCCAUGAAUGUGGGAGGGAUGACAAGGGACAUAUCGUCACUGAUCGUACAGGAGGAGCCUACUCCCACUGCACCGAAUGAGGAGAGAAGGUUUUUCUCGUUCCAUGAUUGGGGAGUAUCAGUGUAUGAGCCUACCGCUUGUCGGCUGUAUCAUCAGAUACAAUCAACUGAUAUAAUCCCAGGCACCCAGGAAUAUGUAUGUGGUGACAAAGGCGUAAACUGCAGCUGGGGCCAAGCCAUCAACGUCGCCAACAGAUACGUCUAUGUAUCACAACCUCAGAAAGAUCGAGUGCUCGUUAUCAGUAAAAUACAAAUGGUUGUCGUUGAUGUUGUUAUAACAGACAAAAAUCCAGUGGCUCUUCACUACGUUCCUCAUCUUGACCAAGUGUGGGUCCUCAAUUGGCGAAGUGAGCUUGAUGAAGGAGUCAAAACAAUUCAGGUGAUCAGAGAUGCGGCUCAGAAGAGGAAACACCACACUGUGCAUCCUGAACCAAUCGAUGGACAGUUCGAUCUGGUUAGAGAUUUAUUCAUGCCACCAGUCCAGGAUAUGUCACAUAUGUUCAAAUACGGGUAUGUCAGCCACACAAACCAGAGAGGGUUGUACAAACUUGACCUCGCCAAUAUGAGAUACAUCCGAAGCAUAGAUUUGACUCCAUACAACUGUGUGCCUCGCAGUAUGCAGUUCUCAGCUCUCUACGGCUUUGUGAUAAUGGAAUGCGAGGAGCCGAUGACAGGUCGUCCAACGGGACAGGUGCUACUUGACUACUUGACAGACUCUGUGGUCAGCCAGAAGCCAGGCCUGCUAGGUCGACCAGCUGUCACGCCCAACAGUCGGGUGGUCGUCACCCUCGACAGGGCCAGGGAUGGUGUCACCUUAGUUGUGCAGCAAGUCACUGGUAUGCUAACUCACUAUCUUCCUAAUAUUACGUGGAUAGAUGGUGUGCCAGGGUGUGGAAAGACGUUUGAAAUACUGAACCAGCAUAAACCAGGAAUAGAUUUAGUUCUCAGUCAAACAAGAGCAGGAAUCAAAGACAUCAGAGAGGCUGUCAUUCAUAAGUACGAAUUUUUAUUCCAUUCCCACAAUAAUUUGUAUAGUAGCCCUAUAAGGAGAAGAGAAUAUCGCAUGAUAUAUUUCUGAUAUUUUGCAGGCAAAGUGGAAAUGAUAACAGGCGUGGGCAAGGCGAUGCAGCCGUGGCUGACACAGUGGGGCAACCCGAACCGUCCGAUCGCCGCUUCGGGCGUCUUCGGCCACUACAUGGUGACGCCCGCCAAUGAGGCGCUUUUCGUCGUCAACGGCGAGACGCGAACCGUCAACUGCGAGAUCGGCGGACUCGUGCAUCCUCGCGCCGUUGUCUGGGUCACCAUGCAGCUGCAAUGAGUCGUCCGACAGUCGUACGACACCUCGCUGGUUCCAGCGGCCUCGUGUUGCAAUGAGUCGUCCAACAAUCGUACGCCACCUGGAAGAAACACUGUAAAUAGUAGAGGUUGAUGGAUGUACCGUAACUGAACACAUGCAAAGCUCUCGAAUAGGAAUGUUCAAUUUCAUCUGAAUUUCAGUGUCAUUUAUUACAAUAAGUGUGUCCAUUAUUGUUUACCGUAUUUGUUGAAUAAAUUCAUUAAGGAGGUCAUUCUCCAUGAAUGAUGGAUGGAAAUAAUAGAAGUCUGAGGAAUAGGCUCACAUGUAGAAAAUAAUAAUUGAUAUCAAUACUUAAAUUAGUAUUUUCUCUUCACUAUAAAUAUCCUUCUUUUUGUAAAUGAUAAAUAAGCAGUACAGUUUUGGAACCUUGUUCAUCAAUGAUAUUUCAAAGAACAAAAACAAUAUUAGCUACUUCAAAAUCCCUUAAAGGAGGAAUAAUGCUUAGUAUUGUUGCAUAACUUGGCAUAACUUGCAUGAACCAAUUAAUUCAAAUGAAUGAUCAACAAUCGCAUUAACGAAUCCAUGAUCAGCUUUUGACAGGAAAUCAUCAUUAGAGCAAUUCAUAUGAACUGAGAUUCAAAUGAGAAAAUUGAUAAUAUUCAACUGGUUUUGUUUCAAUUGUUGAUGAAAAUUUCAUACUCAUCUAUUUGUUUCAAUUUUUGAUAAAAAAUUCAUACUCAACUAUAUGAAGGUGACUUUACACACCAAUUCUUGUGUGGAUGGAAAUUUUGAACGAUAAUCAAUUUUAAUUGCUAUCAGCUACCAAGAAGACUUCUACUGAUACUACAAAUAGAAGUGUACAGUGAUAUUUUGAUUCCCGUUCAACAUUGUUAUGAAUUCAGCAUUAGUAUUUGGAUAAAUGAAAAAUCUAAUUUCACCACAUCUGAAUUCAUCUGAAAAUUGUGUGAGAGAAAUCUCAGAUUUUCUCAUCCACAAGUUGAGAUUUUUCUAGAGGCUGAGAGUUUGUGAGGAUGCCAAAAGUUUAGCCACCUUUUCAACAAUUCCAAUGGAGAAUAAUUAUGAGAAUUAGCAUAAUACAAUCAUGCUGGUUCACUUCACGAAAUAACUAAAAUAUUUUAUAGAAAAAGGGAGCAUGCUUCAAGUUCCAGAACUGAUAGCCUAUUAUAAUUAGUAUAUUUCAUGGUUAAUGACAUAUUAAUUAUUGUUCCUCUCGUAAAGUAGGCUACUAUCAUUCCUGAGAUUUUGUGUGAUUUUGAAUUUUUUGCAAAAAUCCAUGAUGUUUUUAUUCAUGGAUUUCAUGAAAAAUGCAAAUUUAUGGAGAGUAGUAUAUUAUAUGGAAAUAUGCAUUCCUUAUCUUCGAUCUUCCAUAUUUCCUCUGUAUCACUUCUUAAGUUCUUAUUGGUAUUUGCUGAUUAUUUAUUUAAUAAACGUUCACAGUAUUGAUGUAAUAUGCACACUAUAAUUUCCAAAAAUUCUGUCCACCCUGAAUGAGAGCUUUGCUUGUGUUCAUUCAUAGAAGAAUAACAAAUUGAAUAGAUUUGUGAAUAUAAAUUAAGGGCUUUGAACUGUAGAUAUAUUGAGCGAGUUCAGCUAGCGAAAAUUGACAAUGUUCAAAUUGAAAUGUGAUUGUUUAUUUAGAAGUUGAGUCUCAUCAUAAAUAAUGACACUGUACGUACGUUACUGAUAUCAAGCUAGUCACUUUUUGUAGAUGUUUGGAAGGAUAGCAAAGGAAAAAUACAAGAUUGGAAAUUCUCAACGAAAAGUGUAGAGAGUACCUGCAAGGAAAAUAUUUGAUAUUAUUAUUGUGUACAUUGUGAAACUUUUGCGACAUGAACGUUGUAAAUAGUGUUGACUCUUAUAUACGGUAACCACUUUUUUAGCACAUAUAGUCAAUGAAUUUGUAUACAGUGAUAAAUUCAACUCACAUUAUUAGUUCACUUCGAUAUAACCUACCAUAAUUAAUGAUCUCCAAAUAGAAUUAUAUAAUUUUGAAUAAACAUGAUGUUUGUGUUAUCCAGUUGGUUCUUAGUUUAACGUUAUAGCCUUUUCAAAUGAAUACAUUUUCACUAGAGCGCUUUUUUAGAACAGAAAUUUAUCAAUCCUCAUAAAUGUACCUAGUCAAAAUCUUUACAUUUCAUUUUAAUUAUAUAGAAAACUCAAUGAAAAUAUCUACAUUUUAUUCUAAUUAUAUGAAAAAUACAUAUAUGAGUAAUACUACGGUAAUGUAUGAAGAUUUAUUAAACAACAGUUUACUCUGUGCUACAAAAGCGCUCUAUCUGAAAAUUUUCUUAUUUGAACUGGCUUUUAGAUUCAAUAUUCGUAAUUUCCUUUCAUUUAGACUGAUAAUGUUGAAUUUUGAAGAAUUGACUGUUUUAAAACAUCUUACUACCUUAAAAUAGGUCAUAUAAAACACAUAUCCUCAAUUAGUCUACCUAGCUAUCUAGCUUUUCACUAUAAUGAUUAUAUAUAUUUAAAAAUGUUGAAGAUUGUCUUGAGAUGAAUAAGGCUUAUACUUAUACUCAUUAACAGAUUUUAUUAUAAUUCAUGCAUUUUCUCUUUAUUAUUUUUCAAUGAGUAACCUAGAGAUCUCAUGCAUAAGACUAGUUGAUGCAUAAGAAUAUCUUAAAAUCUAGUCAAAUUUAAAUCAGAACUGUUUAGUUGUAGGUAUUUUUUAAUUUUCAUCAUUUCAUUUAAAUCAUCAAGAACCAUUUCAGUGUGAAGAGUAUCAACAAUAUAGUAAGUUCAGGCAGGCUUUAAAUUCCAACAACAAAAAUAAUAAUAAUAUUGUAGGCUAAUAAGAUGUAUAAAAAUUGAUCUAAAGUUUCUCAAGAGGUUAAGAGGCAAAAAUACUAAUGACUAGCCCAUUUCAUGGUUUAUAAAAACACAUUGUUCAUUUAUAAACUCUAUGACAAUUCUCUGAACUAAUAAUUUAUAAUCAUGAAGACAUAAACUAUAUAUAAAGAAAUAGUGAAGAUGAAAUAACGGAAGACAUUCCUCCAGUGCGAGAAAUUAUUUCGACCACUCUAAUCUUGGAAUCAUGAUUAUAAUAUAACUUUUUCAUCCCAGUCAUGCUUGUGUAAGAGAAAGAGAUUCCAACCUCAAUUUGUACCUUUCAAAUUGUUGUUACCACAUUAAAGAAAUUCAUCAAACUCAUGAUAGUUGGUAUAGAUUACAAUUUUAUUGUACAGUUGUCUUGGAAAUGAAUACUCUCUGUUCUGAGCUGGUCAAAUAACAUAGAAAUAUUGGUCAAUGACAUUCAUCUUUCAAUAAUAACGGUAUCUUGUUAGUCUUCACUUCCAUUCAGUUGUUCAAGUAUGUCUACUUCAAAUCUAUCAAGGACUAGUGGAUUGAUCAAUGUAAAAAAGCAGAUGAUGAGAUAAAAAAUUGUUAAAUCCUAGUAUCCUAGCUCCUGUUGCAUUGCUACGGAUCUGAAACUGCAUUUUACAGUUUACAUUUGAGGAACUUCAAUUUUUUUAACAGUCGAAUACCUAGCCCUACUGUACUCACAACUAUGACAAUGACACCAUAUAUUUCUAAAAAUAUGCAACAGGCUCCCCAUACAAUUAUUUGGUGGAGCAUUUUAAUUUUCUCUACUUGGAUUUGCUUAUCAGUGAAUUUCUAAUCACAUGAAUACAAUUAUAUAUAACAUAUACUGAAUAAAACAAAUUGAUAUGAUGCUUUUAUAUUAUAAAGGCUUGAAACAGAAAUAUUCAACCUUUUAUAUUAUUAUGUUAUUUCAGUUGAAUAAAAUUGAACGUAAAUGAAAUUUGCUUGAGAAACAUCUAAUUUGUGUAGUUCCAAAUAUUAAGUAAAAGAUACUACAAGAUUGUAUGAUAAAAUAGUAAAGUAUGAUAUGCAUUACGAAUGAAUCCAUCCUAGUCAGUAGUCAAUAUAAUUCUAUGGAAGUGUUCAAACAUGAUAAAUGAGUUAUCAAUAUUCUCAGGUCGAAUGAUUAGUUUCAGGCUCAUUCAUAAAAAGGUUGAUCAGUUUGACCUGCUUUGAAGAAUGAUUGAGUUUUAAAAUGGAAUACUUAUAAUAUUCAUCAAAGUCUGUAGCCUCUGGAAGGGGAAUAAUUAGUCAGGUACCUUCAGGUAAUCUACGUUGAAAAACAUCAUGGUUUUCCAUUGCAAAAUGUAAGGAACGGUUCAUUGUAGUAGAGGUAAACACCAUGUUACAAAAAUAUCAAUGUUACUCUUUUGCUCAUUGUAAAUUGCAUUGUAUUUUUAAAUUUAUUUCAUUCAUACCAUAUAUUGAUAUUUUUCAAAUAGUGAAUUGUGUCCAGGCUAUAUUAUGAUUUCGAGAGAAGCAUGAAAAUUAUACUACCCUCUAUAAUCAUGCCACAAUAUUGUUCACCUAUAGAUGUGUUGCAAAAUAAUGUUAUCUUCAGUAGUAGAUUCCCAUUAAAACUUUUUUUCAAGUCACAUAGUCUUUUCCCUUUGAUUGCGGAGUAUGAUGAAGAAAACAUAUAUUUUUAAUACAGUUACAUAUUGAUAGAUAUUAAGUAAAAUAGAGAGUAUUUUGUUCAAGAGCUAUUGUGAAUUUGCAUGUAUGACUGUGCUUUGCUUGAGUGAGACCAAAUGAUUUUGUCUGGUGCAGCAUUGGUGUAUUUUAAUGUAUAAUUUGUAUAAAUUAGUUAUAUAAAAUUUUCAUAACAGCAGAAAA